GUACAUUAGUGUAGGUAAGGUUUAAUGAGACUCCAUUGGGUUGUAAUCAUCGUCAUGUCGGAUUUAUGUAAACUACAACAUUGUAACAAAAUGGCGACUGUUUAGGUCACGUCAGUAAUGCAGGGCAGCACUGUUAUUUCUUACAACUCAACUGAUACAAGUCAAGGUCGUUGGGUAACAGUCCCAACCUUCAAGGAAUUUACAUUCGGGCUACUUCUGUCUUCUUUUGUGAGGUGACGUGAGCUUGGAUGAAGAUUUACACGAGGAUUGUAAAUGUAUUAAUGCCGAGGUGGAACGGUACCUAUAUAAUUUUUUUUGUUGUUGACCUUUUCAAGAUGUGCUGGAUGUACCAAAUGUUUCACCACAAGAGGGAAUCUCUAUGGGUAAUUUUUUCCUGAAUAUCAUCGAUUUAACCAUGGCGAAACUUACCAAUCCUCUAUAUACAGAGUGGAUUCUAGAAGCAAUACAGAAAAUCAAAAGGCAAAAACAGAGGCCUUCCGAGGAGCGGAUUUGUCAUACGGUGGCUGCCUCGCACAGAUUGGGCAAGCGGACCGUUCUGGAGCAGUUGGAGUUAAGUGUUCACGAUGGUGCCAUUCUCAAAGUCACCAAUAAGGGGAACGUGUCGUACAAAGACCCCGAGCACCCUGGGAGAGGAUUAUUAUCGUCGUCGUCGUCGUCGUCGUCGUCGCUCAAACCUGUAAGUGCAAACCUCUCUAUUGCAUCAUCUAAAGGAUCUAUAUGGAAACCGAGUGACUUACGCCACGUUGAUUGGAAUAAAGUCCUGAGGAGGGCCAUCGAGGGUCUGGAUGAUAGCCGCGGUUCCUCUCUGAAGAACAUCCAGAGGUACCUAAGGAACCAGGAUGAUCCAUCACACGUCCAGGACAACCCAGGGUUCCAGCAGAGGUUACGGCUGGCCGCUAAAUGGGCGGUCAAAAACGGCCGGCUGGCGAAGGAUGGUCCGCGCUACAGGUUGAACCCGGGGGUUAAUGGAGCUGAGGGUAGGAGCCAGAGUUGUCCAGGUGCUUCCCCAUUGGCUCUUCUGUGUGUCACUCUUCUUCCACAUGAGAGAGACCAGCUACGCGCUGACCCCAUCCCAAUAUGCAGUUUCUGUUUGGGAACGAAAGAGUCCAAUCGGGACAAGAGGUCAGAGGAGCUUCUGUCCUGUGCAGACUGUGGAAGCAGUGGGCACCCGUCUUGUUUGAAGUUUUCCCCAGAGCUGACCACUAACGUCAAGAGAUUGCGAUGGCAAUGUAUAGAAUGUAAAACAUGUAGUUCCUGUCAAAUACAAGGCAGAAACGCUGAUGAGAUGCUGUUCUGUGACUCCUGUGAUCGGGGGUUUCACAUGGAGUGCUGCGACCCGCCUCUCUUAAGGAUGCCAACAGGUACCUGGGUCUGUCAGGUCUGCAGGCCCAAGGAAAAUGGAAAGACAUUUCUGCAUAUGAAAGCCGAUCAGAUCAAACGUCGAUAUGCAAAGCCAAUCGGGAGGUCCAGAAAUAAGCUCAAACAAAGAAUGUCUGUAAGCAGUGGUGCCGGCUCCGUGCUAGCCCGGGGAGGAAGGGGGUCACCUGGUAGGGGUCAAAAGCUUACCGUCUGUUCCACACCUUCAUCUGGUCAUGCAGCAUCUGUGAAGAACGCCACAGACAGAUUGGCUGUUGCUACAGCUGACCCCUGUUGGGCAGGUGACGCUGUCACCCCUCCUCCCCAAUUCACCACCUCCUCCUCCACCCUCUCCACCACUCCCCCCCUCACGCCCACUUCGUCCUCCUCCUCCACCCCAGCAGCUAUACUCACCGUUAACAAGAAAACCAAAGGGCUUAUCGACGGGCUUUCCAAAUUCUUUACACCCUCGCCUGUCGGUCGUAGGUCGUCGCGAGCUGGCGAGAUCUUAGACCCCUCAGCCUCGAAAGGGCCACAGUCUUGUUGUCCUGCUAGGAAAAAGCCUGUCCCUCCACCAGAACUAUGGAAACUAAGUCCAUCUCCGUCAGUUGUUGUUGGCAUGGCUGCAAAGCUAACCACCACCACCCUAUCUCCCUGUACACUCCCCCUCUCUCCCCCACCCACGUUGCCUGGACAGGGCUCCACCACCUCCCAGGUAUUCUCCACCUCUGCUAACUCCCCCCAGAGUUCUUCCAGCCAGUCUAGUGUCCCCUCCCUUACUAUUUUGUCUGAUCACAACCAGCUUAAGGGACUCUUUGACGGACUCUCCCAUAUCUAUACCACUCAGGGACAGUCUCGGAAAAAGGGACUGCCUUGCUAUGCACCACCUAAGCGCAGGCACCAUAAGGCAUCCAAAACGUGUCCUCUCAUUCCCCAUCCUUCCCAGCAGCACCUUGGAAAGAAAGAGAGAAUAAAGAAUCGGUUGCUUUUGUUGUCCCAUUCAUCUCCUAACGCCUCUUCCCAUCCUGGGCACGGCCGGCCAAGGGGGCGCCCCUUUAAGUUGGUCAGUCAUUUCAGACGUAACCCCUUUUUUAAAAAGCACAGGAUGCUAGGCAGGCUAAGAUGUAGAAUGACCCCUCAGAAGGGAACCCAGGAAAUGACCCCUCAGAAGGGAACCCAGGAAACACCAGGAAAGGGAGACAUGACAGACGAAGGAAGAAUUAAGACAGAGCACCAUCAUGGCAGUGAAGUGGGGCUGAGGGUGAAGCAGGAACCUGGUUUUGUAGCCGUCUCCAGGGAACACGUCACAGAGGAAGACGUGGAGAUAUUCACACAGGUCCAAGAGCUCUCGUCGCAGAGAAAUGGAACCAUGACCAUCACUGACUAUGGACGAUUCCCUGCCUUCAUAGAGUUUGGGAAGUAUUGUAUCCAAACCUGGUACUCUUCUCCUUACCCACCUGAAUACUCGAGAUUGCAAAAGCUCUACCUGUGUGAGUUCUGUCUGAAGUAUAUGAGAAGCAAAAACAUCCUACAGCGACACACCAAGAAGUGUGGCUGCUUUCACCCUCCGGCCAAUGAGAUUUACAGGAAGGACGACCUUUCAGUGUUCGAGGUUGAUGGAAAUGUCAGCAAACUCUUCUGCCAAAACCUCUGCCUGUUAGCCAAGCUGUUCCUCGAUCACAAGACCCUAUAUUACGACGUGGAGCCUUUCCUUUUUUACAUACUAACAAAGAACGACGACAAAGGAUGUCACCUUGUGGGUUAUUUCUCCAAGGAAAAGCUUUGCCAGCAGAAGUACAAUGUCUCCUGUAUAAUGAUCAUGCCUCAGUACCAAAGGCAAGGCUUUGGAAGGUUCCUCAUUGAUUUCAGUUACCUUCUCACGAGGCAGGAAGGACAAGCUGGCUCCCCAGAGAAGCCUCUGUCAGAUCUGGGUCGCUUAUCCUACCUGGCAUAUUGGAAAAGUGUCAUGGUGGAGUACCUCUAUAAGCAGCCAGAUAAACACAUCAGCAUUAAAGGAAUAAGCAAGGCCACUGGGAUGUGCCCACAUGACAUUACUGCUACUCUCCAAAACCUCCGCAUGAUUGACAGACAGGACGGCAGGUUUGUGGUGAUCCGAAGAGAGCGAUUGAUCCAGAGACACAUGGAGAAGCUGCGAGUCACCCCCAGGCUGAACCAGGUCGACCCUGACGCCCUGCACUGGACCCCCGCUGUGGCCCUCAACUCUGUCCUGUCUGAGGAGGAGAGAGAGGCUGAGAUGGAUGCUGAGCGACUUAAGGAGCAGGCUAGUUGUUGGGAGAAGGAGGAGAGAGAGGUGGUCUACCUGAUGACUCACCCUCGUCCUCCCACUAAGGUCUACAGUAAGAAGCCCUACAGAACCUACCAGCGUCGCCCCGCCGCCGGAGAACAAGGCUUGCGCGUCUCUGAGGAGUGCAGUGAGGACGAUGAGGAUGGUUUUGAUUGGUCGCUACCCAUCCUAGCAAAGGCCCACACCGUACUUGGAGUCAAGAGAAAGAGAGAUGAGAGAGCUCUGGUCCUCAAGAAGAGAGGUCAGGAGAGGAGAGGGAUAAGUAGCAGUGUGACAACUGAGACCAUCUCGGAGACGACGGAGGUUCUGAAGGAACCGUUUGCCAACUCCUCGGACGAGAGGCCCCUGUUGGAGAGGACCUGCAGGGUGGGAGAGACGGAGGAGGAGCUGCUUAGGAAACCGGUAAAGAGACGCAGAGGUCGUCCACGACUGGAGAAAAACAUGUACAGAGACAAUCACUGGAACGAAGGGGCCGGUGUGCUAGUGAAGAAACCGGGCAGACCUCGAGCAGUAAAGCGCAAGAAGGGCUGGCCCAAAGGAGUGAAACGGGGGCCUCCAAAAUGGCGUCUGAAGAAGGAGAGGAAGAUGGGAUUCAAGCUGAACCUGUACACACCCCCGGAGACGCCGCUGGAGGCCGAGGAGCCCCACAUCCAGGCCGAAGAGCCAAAGGAGGAGCUGGACCAGGCCUCUCCCAUCACGGAGGCAGGGUUAGAGCCCGGCAGAGGCCUGGCCAGCCGGGAGAUGGACAAGAAGCUAGCCCUGGAGCCUUCAGAGCCACAAAAUCCCAUGGAGGAAGAGCACUCCCCUGGGUUGUCUCCUGUGACUUCUCCCAUGGCCUGUUCUCUGGUAGCCUCCCCUAUAGCCUCUAGAGAUAGCUCCCCCAUCUGCUCCCCCGCCUGCUCCCCCAGUCGUGACAACAGUCAGGAGGUGUCAGAGCCACCAGAGGAUGACCCACAGGACAAGGAGCACGGGGCCUCUACAUCCCCCUCUCUGUCUCCACCCAAAGAGCUGAAACACAGCACUAAACAAUCAGCUGAGGAGGAAGAGGCCACGCACCUGGAUGCAGACGAUGAAGACGAAAGUCACAUUGAGUCGACAGCAGAGCUAGAGAAACACGGAGACGUGCAGCAGCUGGAGCCAGGGCCUCGUAAAGAGCCUCCUAAAGCCCAGUCCUACAUCCCAGCGGCUUUUCUCCAUCUGAACCGUGAGGAUUCUGAACAAUGUCAGGAGGAGGAGUCCAUAGUCGUGGCUUAUAGGUGCGAGCAGCCUGCCAACACCGGAGAAGAGAGAAGCAAACAUAUCCAGGAACAGGCGCCUACAACAUCAGCAGCAGUAGCUGUAGUCUCUGACCACCCUGUUGACUCAGAGAGCAGCAGUCAGGAGGCUCCUCACCAGCCACAGCAGACACAGAACGCUAGAGAGAGUCCUGCUGUCGUACUAAGAGACAGAGAGGAGAACAGAGAGGAGAUGGAUCCCCCGGUGUACCCUGAGCCUGAUGUGGACCAGGAGACGGCCCAGGCCGUACAGAGCCUCACCCAGGAGACGGAGCGCGACCCAGAGACAGAUAGCGUCAGCUGUGUGUUCCACCAGGACUGUGUGGAGAGAGAGACCCAGGAGGCAUGCCGGAGCCUACAGACUUACACCCACCACGUGACCCCCCAGAGUCCCCCUCACACCCUAACUUCGCUGGAUGAAGGCUGCCCCCAGUCUGACCACAGCAGCCCCCUGUCCUCGGCCCACUCACACCCCAGCCAGUCAGUGCGCUCCGUCAGCAGUCCGGCUGUGUCCACCCUGGAGAGUAGUGGAGGCAGCAUUCCAGCUGUGUCCAUCCUGGAGAGUAGUGGAGGCAGAGUUCCGGCUGUGUCCACCCUGGAGAGUAGUGGAGGCAGCGUUCCGGCUGUGUCCAUCCUGGAGAGUAGUGGAGGCAGCAUUCCGGCUGUGUCCACCCUGGAGAGUAGUGGAGGCAGCGUUCCGGCUGUGUCCACCCUGGAGAGUAGUGGAGGCAGCAUUCCGGCUGUGUCCAUCCUGGAGAGUAGUGGAGGCAGCAUUCCGGCUGUGUCCAUCCUGGAGAGUAGUGGAGGCAGCAUUCCGGCUGUGUCCAUCCUGGAGAGUAGUGGAGGCAGCAUUCCGGCUGUGUCCAUCCUGGAGAGUAGUGGAGGCAGCGUUCCGGCUGUGUCCACCCUGGAGAGUAGUGGAGGCAGCGUUCCGGCUGUGUCCACCCUGGAGAGUAGUGGAGGCAGCGUUCCGGCUGUGUCCACCCUGGAGAGUAGUGGAGGCAGCGUUCCGGCUGUGUCCACCCUGGAGAGUAGUGGAGGCAGCAUUCCGGCUGUGUCCAUCCUGGAGAGUAGUGGAGGCAGCGUUCCGGCUGUGUCCAUCCUGGAGAGUAGUGGAGGCUACACCCAGAUUAGCCCAGACCACGCCUCCAUCUCUGUCCCCUCCUCCCUCCACAACAUGGCAACCAGCCCCAUGAUGGAUGUGCCGUCAGUGUCAGACCACUCGUCCCAGCAGGUGGUGGACAGCGGCUUCAGUGACCUGGGCUCCAUCGAGAGCACCACAGAGAACUACGAGAACCCCAGCUCCUAUGACUCCACUCUGGGGGGCAGCAUCUGCGGCGGGGCCGGGGGUCCCUCUCAGAACAGCUGCUCCUACGGGCCCCUCCCCCCUAGCGGCCUGGUGCAGAGCAGCUGUGCCGUCAACCCUGGCAGCUGUGGUAUGAUUCAGCAGAAUAACCUGAGCUCCCCGCAGCACUGCAACGUCAAGUCACCACAGGGCUGUGUGGGAGUGGUGGAGAGACCACCGAGUCACAGCCAACACAGUCACAGCCAACACAGUCACAGCCAACACAGUCACAGUCAUACAAUCCCACACAACCCCUAUGGCCAUACUAGGCACACAAUCACUCCACACAGUCUGCCUCACGGUGCGCCACACAAUCAACACAGCCAGCUAACGCAACACAACCCAUACACACACCCUGCACACAGCCAGCUACAUAGUGUACGACACAAUCAGCUCAGCCAGCACGGUCAACACACCCUUCACACUCAACACGGCACCAGCCAGCACAGCCACUGUCAACAGCAGACCAUGGCACAGUGUGUCAUUCCCACCAACUUCACAGUGCCCAUGCAGCUAGCUGAGAGCCCAGAUUCAGGCAGCUCCAACCUGAGCAGCUUCUACGACAGGAUGAACCAGGAAGGUUAUAGCAGCGGUCAUUACUCCCAGCCCUCGGCCACCUUCAGCCUGGCCAAACUACAACAGUUGACCAACACCCUGAUCGACCACCCUCAUUCGCUGCCUUUCAACCACUCAGCCUCCCACCCCCACACCAUCACAUCCUAUACAAACAGUGCCUCCCUGUCAUCGCACUCUCAGCACUCUGGCCUGGUGUCUCUAUCCCAGUCCCCACAUCCCCAUGUUCCCCACGGGGUCACUCCUCACCCUGGGGCCUCCCAGGUCCAAGUACAGGCCACCAUGACACCCCCUCCGCCCUCCUCCCACCCCCUUAGCUCCCCUCAGAUGAUGCUGCAACGCAACGCCAUGGGUAUCCCCAACAUCACCCCCUCCCAGAGGACUCUACAGGCUCAGAUGGCCUCCGGGGGACACAAGGGCCCCACACACAUCUCCAUGCGCUCCAAGUCAGCGGCCCCUGGUAACUCCGCCCACCAGCAGCAGAUGUACAGCCAUGCCCACGGGGCCCCCCAGACAGUCUCCAUGCAGGCCCCCUCAUCCCGGACACUUGCUGCCAUGCCCAGGGGCAUGAACAUCAUGCCAGCCUCCUACAACCACGCUGUGAACAUGCCCACUGCCGCCGCCAUCAACCACGCCAUGAAUGGCUACCGCGUCAACGGUGGUUACCCUGGCAGCCAGAUGUCGAGUCAACAGAUGGCUGCGGCCUACAUGAACCAGUCGCCCGGGUCCCAGUACGCCUCUAUGCAGAUGGGCAUGAUGGGAACGCAACCAUACCCCCAACAGCCCAUGCAGGCUCCGCCCCACAGCAACAUGAGGUUCUCUUCAGCUGGUCACCAUGGAUACAUGACCAACGCCGGACCGAUGUCCAAGCAGACACUCAAAGGGCCUUUCGUCAGACGGUAACCCACGGUUACUAACAUAACAGUUAACGAAACGAUAACUACCGACAGACUGAAUCAAUCUGACUGGAUGUUUAAAUCACACAAAUGUGCAUUAUUAAUUAUUAUUCUUAUUACUAUUAGUCCCUGAUGCACACAUUUGGCCUUUUUGGUUGUUGAUAAUGUUUGUUUGUUGUAAUUUUGUUAAUAGUUACUUAAAAACCAGCACUUGGAAAGAAUGCAUCAAGUUUGAUCAACAAGCAAACUUUCUACAAAAAGCUACUAUCUAUCUAUGUCAAAGUAUUUUUGUUCCUAACAGAUGGGAAGCCUUACGUCAUAAAGAUGAACAUUUAUUUAAUUAGUAUUAGUUUCCCUGAUCAGUCCGUAGGGCAGGCAGGGUAGGGGGCCGGGGGGGAGACGGGCGAGAGAUUUCAUCACCUGGAGGGAGAGCGCGAGCGCGAGUGUAGUUAUGUAGCAGCCUCAAAACGAAGCCAUCUAAUGUGCCUGCUACAAACAGACUUAAACAAGUGGAUAUUCCUAGAACCUGUUCAGUGUACCUGUCUAACAGUGCUGACAAUUAGUUUGUACUAUACUCAUGCCUUUGUAUAUUUAAAUUAUUGUAGUUAUUUUGUAAAGUGACAAUUAGCAUGCAUCGGUCUUCGGUCUCCAUUAGUAACAGUGUUGUGCUUAAUAGCAAGACAUUUUAGAGACAUGUUGGCCUUUUGUUAGGUUCCCCUCGCUUACAAAGCGGCGGAGAAAGAUGAAACUAUAUUUUGUUAAUUCUAAUAAUACUGUAAAAAAAAAAAAUGUGUCAACUUCUUUAAUCCUGUUGUUCUGUACGGUUGAGAGGUUUUAUUACCAUAUAUGUAUAAUUCUGAAGUCUUUUCUAACAGAUAUCUUUGAUGCAGCGUUCUUUUUUAUAAUACAGGAGACUUCUGGCAAGAUAAAUAAGCAUAUUGCACCCCUCACUCUGAUUUUUUUUUUAAAUUUCAGAGGUGUACCAAUGUCGAAAAGUGUUGACAAAAAAAAUAAAAAAUAAUAAAGAAAUAUAAAUUUAGUCGAAAGUUGAUAUUUUACAAUUUCUUUAAAAAAAGUUACAUUUUCAUUCCAUCUGUAGAUUUGUUUUCUAUCUUGAUAAAAUGUUGGAUUUAUAUUUUACAAAGUGUAGGAGAAGAGAGGAUGUAAAUAUACCAAACUAAGCUAACAGAUUGCAUGUAAAAAGCCACUUGUACUUGUGUUUUUGUUAAUAUUGCUCUUUUGUAGCCUUUGUACCUGUACAGAACGGCUGGUAGGGACAGUCACAGGGGGAGACCUGGCUAUGUGCACAAACAAUUGGACAGAAUGACAGUCUUGUAUUUAUGACUUUUCUCCUUUGGCAGUCACUUAUAAAUGCUGUACAUUUUAGCAUAAAAUAAAUGAUGAUUGACCAUG